UACGAAGCCGUGGCGUGCAGGCAAACCAUUUAUGUAGGUUAUUAUCUAUGACGACGAUUGUGGCGUGAACCGCCUGUAAUACUGGAUGUGUAGACUUAAACUUACAAGGACAUUGUAAUUUUAAUUGAGAGUUUUGUUUGUUUCCACAAAGUCGAAAUUUAUUGAAGCGAUUGCGCAAAAAUGAAGGCAUUCUGUGGGCGAGUCAAACCGACAAUUGAAGGUUUUGACUGCGUGGAGGAGAGCGAAGAGUACGACUAUCACCAAGAGAUUGCCAGGUCCAGCUAUGCUGAUAUGCUGUAUGACCAUGACAGGAAUAAAAAGUACUACCAGGGCAUCCGGGCAGCUGUGGCCCAUGUCCAGGCGAAGGGUGAGAAUGUCAUUGUCCUGGACAUUGGAACAGGAACUGGCUUAUUGUCCAUGAUGGCUGUUACCGCUGGAGCUGACUUCUGCUAUGCUGUGGAGGUUUUCAAGCCUAUGGCUAAGGCCGCUAAGUGCAUUGUGGAGAAAAAUGGCUUCGCUGACAAAAUCAAGAUUAUCAACAAACACUCAACUGACGUUACUGUUGGCCCAGGUGAAGAUAUGGAAAUGAAGGCCAAUGUCCUCAUCACAGAACUUUUCGAUACAGAGCUGAUUGGUGAAGGGGCUCUGCCGAGCUAUGAACAUGCUCACCAGAAUCUUGUUCAGAAAGGUUGUGUGGCAGUCCCACACCGGGCCACUGUCUAUGCCCAGCUGGUCCAGUCACAACUAUUAUGGAGCUGGGCUCAGCUGGAGCCAAUAGAGGUGCAGGGCACUCAAUUGUUGCCCCCGCCUGCUGUGGCCAACUGCAGCGGCUCUCAUGCAGUAUGUGACAUUCAGCUCAGCCAGAUUUCACCCCAUAGCUUCACUGCUUUGGGUCCAGUCUGCACCAUGUUUAGUGUGGACUUUAGUAAGCCUGUAAGUAGUGCCCCCCAGUCCUACUCCUCUCAGUUUGUGGCUCAAAGCAGUGGUCAGGCUCAAGUGGUGCUCUCCUGGUGGGACCUAGACAUGGAUCCCAGUGGAACCAUUGUGUGUACCAUGGCUCCCAGCUGGACAUACCCACAGCCAAAAAUGGCUCCAUGGCGAGACCACUGGAUGCAGAGUGUUUAUUUCCUGCCUAUUGAGUGCAAGGUGGCAAAAGGAGAAGAUCUGAGUCUAAAUGUUGACCACGAUGACUACAGUUUGUGGUACAGCCUCCAGUCUCACAGCCGACAACAUUCACAGGACAACGUGAUUCGCUCCCGGCCGUCCUGUACAUGCCAGGCCCACCUGGUUUGGAACCGACCACGAUUUGGUGAACUUAAUGACAAAGUUCGCACAGAGAGCUAUGUCAAUGCACUGCACAGUGUGCUGAAGGAGGACAGCAUCUGUCUCGGAGUGAGUGAUGGAAGUCUUCUUCCUGUGUUUGCACAGCUCUUGGGAGCCAAAAAAGUCUGCAGUUUGGAAAACUUCAGCAUGACGAAACAGGUUAUUGAGCAGGUCCUGGAAGCCAACUCAAUGAGAGGACGAGUUGAGCUGCUGGAUAUCAGGCCUGAGCAGCUGACCAGUAAAGAUUUAGGAGGAGAGCAGAUUUCACUGCUUAUAGGUGAACCAUACUUCUGCACAAGCCUGCUACCAUGGCACUCUUUGUACUUUUGGUACUGCCGCACCAUCCUUGCGGGCCUUCUUCGACCCAAUGCCACCAUCCUGCCCUGCUCCGCCACUCUUCACAUGGUGGCAGUAGAGUUCCAGGAUUUAUGGAAGAUACGUGCUCUGAGUGUUACAUGUGAGGGAUUUGAUGUCACGCCUAUGGAUGAAAUGAUCCAGAAGUCAUUGGAUAUUCAGGAGUCUCGCGAGGCAGAGCCCCACCCUCUGUGGGAGUAUCCAUGUCGUGCUUUGACUCAGUCCACAGCUGUCAUGACCUUUGACUUCACCCACUGUAUCCCUCAAAAGCCUAUCAUCAGCCAAGGCGCUCUACCAUUCAUAAGAAGUGGCAACUGCCAGGGUGUAGCAAUGUGGUUGGAGUACCACCUAACCCGGGACAUUUCAGUAAGCGUGGGCUUAACUGAACCAAUCAGUGAAGAGGGCCACUGUGAGUGGAGUCGCCAUAGUAAACAAGGAGUAUAUUUCUUCAGAUCGGGAUGGGAGAAUUCUGCCAAUGACAGAGCUGCUUUGUUUUACAACUUUAUCUUUGAGCCCAGUUCAGGAGACAUCAAGAUGGACUUCAAUUGCAAGUCUCAUUGAUAUUGUUGAAUUAGAAACUUUUUACAGUUAUGUAUUAGUUCACAAAGAAUAAAUUGGCUGUUGUGUCUACUAUGAAAUAUAAGCAGCAGAGGUGGGCGUUACGUCAGUACUGACUGAUUAUGUUUUUUAGUCCAGAAAGCAAGAAUGUCUUUGACCAAGUCCUUAGUAGUACUAACACUUUGUGCUGUAAUUAGGUUUCUGUCGAUCAAAGAAUGGCUUGUAAUCAAUGUUCCCUCUAAACUGCGCGCGUGCGCAAUCCCGCACAUUCUCAGCGCACAAGAAAAUCUAUCCAGCGCAUAAACAUCAACAUAACGUAUUAUUAGAUUAUAAUAUACCGUUUUUUUCCGUGUAUAAUGUAUAAUACGCACCCUAAAAAUGGCAUGUUGAUGCUGGAAAAAAGCCUGUACCCAUGUAUAAUACGCACCCAAUUUAUUUUAUUUUUUAUUUUUUUAAGUCCCAAUGAUCGUCACACACGCAGGGAGGCAAUGGGUCCCAUUUUUAUAGUCUUUGGUAUGGUCUUAAAUAGGCUGGAUGUAUUUCUUUUGUUGGCGUUGAUUUCUCCGACUGCCCGUAAAGGCACCACCGCGAUCAGAUGAAAAGAGAGGGAAGUGGCGUGCGGACAUGUGAAAAAGGCGGCUCUGUAUGGGAGAGACGUUGAAGAGGAAUAAAAACACCCUUGGAAACCAAAACUUGCCCCUCGUCGUGACUCGGAGCCGCAACAAAUGUUUCGGAUUUGUGUAGGGUACAUUGUGACAGCAAACGAGCAGGUGAUCGAGCAAGCGUCUGAUACGAGAGCAUUGCGGUCGUAUGGAGCGUGUUAUCAGUGAACAGCAGAGACGAAAGGAACAAGGCAAAGUGUUGUGAAAUAAAAUAUUACCUGUAAUACGCAUUUUGUUAUUUGCUGAUUGAAACUGCUAAUUAAACUAUGAAUUGAAACUAA